ACAUUCCCUUUCUCCGUGUGUCUUUGUUGAUCGAUAUGUAUAUUUUUCCUCCGAAUAUGUAAUUUAUUGUUGACUCCAGAUCAAACCACCGUCUCUGAUCGGAUCUGACCUGCCGAAGGUUUCUGGUUUUAAAGAAAAAAAUAAUCUCACGUAGCUCUUUAUGGACGCUGUUGGUCACCGGAGCUAGCUUCAGAAGCUAACUUUAGCUAGUAGCUAGCCUGUGACUAAAACAAACAAACAAAACAAAAAACAAGUUUAACGAGAAAACCUGCCGCCGUUUCACCGACAUGACGUCAGCUUCCGCCAAGGUCGGGGAGAUUUUCUCAGCAGCCGGAGCAGCUUUCACCAAACUGGGAGAACUGACGAUGCAGCUUCACCCGGUGUCCGACUCCAGCCCUGCAGGAGCGAAGUGGACGGAGACGGAGAUCGAGAUGCUUCGUUUGGCUGUCAGACGCUUCGGAGACGACCUGAACAACAUCAGCACGGUGAUCAAGGAGCGCACAGUCGCUCAGAUUAAGAGCACGGUGAAGAGGAAGCUGUACGAGGACAGCCGGGUCCCCAUUUCCUCUGAGUCCCCGAAGAAGACGGUCAAGAAGGCGGCCAUGACGUCGCCCCCCGCCCCCUCCACGCCCACCAUGAUCGCCGUGCCGACCUCACAAGUUGUCGUGGCGACGGGGAUGCAAAGCACCCCCUCCCUGGCUCCGCCCAUCAAGAAACAGAAGACGGCAGACGUGACGCUCAGCGCUCUGAAUGACUCGGACGUGAACAGCGACUUGGUGGACAUCGAAGGACUCGGCGACGGUUCGUCCAACAAGAAGCUCAACUUUGACCAGGAGAGCCUCAACCUGGACUCCAGCCUCAUCAUGAACUCCAGCGACCUUCCUCUUCUGUCCCGCUGACCUGGAGGUGGUUUUUCUUUAAAGAGGACGGUCCUGUUACCUGAAGUUUCUAAAACUCCAUUCUCUGCAUUCUGUAGCUUAAAACAUGAAACUUAAACUCUUUAUUUUUGUGUUGACAGAUCAUUUUGAAGCAGAAUUGUUUUUUUUCCAGAGACUUUUUUGUUUUCAUGUCAGUUUCUGUUUUUGAAAUCACACAAACAUCCGUCGUUUAUCAUGAAGAAUUGUGUCAAACUAAUGCUUUAAAUAAUGUUUUCAUCCUCAAACCUGGAAUCUGAUGACUUAAGCUAAAUGUUGUGCCGCCUGAUCACGUCUGUAAAGUCGGAAUCUAUUAAAAAUAAAGACGUUUGUGUUGGAGAAAGGUGUUCAAACAUUAAAUCUGUUGGAGCAGAACCUCAGAACACGAAACACUGGAAGCAGACUGUCAUCAUAGAUCCUGUUGUUUGGAAUAAAAAAACUUUACCUGCA